UACUCGGGGAGGACCAAGCAGUCUGUGUAGUUACUUGAUAACGUUAUCACUGAAAAGUAAGCAGCAGGUCACAGAUAAAUUGAAUUUCUAGUUACGCUUGUCGUCUUGUGAGCUUCACACCUCACUGACUAAAGGAGCACAGCUGAGGAAGAACCUUCGCCGAUAUCCACCCUUGGAAGUCAGAGAGAGAGAGAGAAGGAUCCAAGGCAGCUUGCAUCAUUAGAAAUACAGUAUUUAACAGCUAAAGACACUUUAAGAGUAAUACACCAGCUAUGGCAUCAAAAGCAAGUGGGGUACAAGAGGAAGCCUCUUCGCAUACAUUUGGAGUGGCAAAGAAGACAGAGCAAGUAUCCUUGAUAGACGCGUCCCAAGAACCCUAUUUGCAUGAUUUCCAAAAACCAACUCUACCAAUAUGCAUGGCAGAAAUUACUGAUUUAAUUUGCAAGGAAGAAAUACCAACUGCUCAAUAUGUCAGUUUGCUGAAUGACUACGUUGAAUCAGAGUUUUUCCUCAUUGAUGGUGAUUCACUGUUUGUCACUUACACAAAGGAAAUAACAUUACAACGAGGACAGAACUUGCACUUCUUUUACCUAGUUGAACGCUUUCUCCUGGAUUUAACAACGAAAGGAGCAAAAUAUAUCAUUGUUUUCUUUAAGGAUGCAGAAUAUUUUUAUUUCAGAAGCCCUGAUCUCCUGUCUCUUCGUACUGCAUUGAUCAUCCAUCUAAGGAAAAACACUAAAGCUAUAAUACACACUGAGUUUACCAGCUGCUUGGACUCCAGUUGGCAGAAUUUUCUGAAACAUAACUAUCCAUAUUUCUUAAUAAUCUCUGAUGAAGGAUUGGAUGAACUGCAGACCAAUUUUCUGCAUAUAUUUAUUAUGCAGACCUUGUCAAAAAGAAUCAAUGUCGUACUGACUUCAGGCCUACAAUCAGAUACAGUCAGAGUCUACGGGUACCAUAUCCACAGUUUUCACCGUCAUCAAUGUUUUUUUCAGAAGCGUGAAGCAAUGGUAAAACGUUACUAUGAAACACUGAUUAAAUACUUGAAGGAAGUCAAUAUAAAAAUAUGUGUUUCUCUUUCUGGAUGUCCAAGUCUGAACACUUUGACAGCAAAGGUUUCUAAAAAACUCAUCGAAUUCCAAGAAAAAAAUGAAGAUAUCCGGUAUGUUGUCUGUAUCAUCAGCUGUUCACUUGUCUUGGAAAUGCACAAGCAGGUAUUAGAAAGCCAAAAUCCUUCUACAAAACUGAAAAGUGUGAACUCAGCAUUAACCAUGGAAGAAGCUGGAGAUCUUAUGAGGCUGUAUUGCCUCAGUGUGGUUUUUCUACACCAUUUGCCUCUUUCACAGAGAGCUCAGGUUAGGGACAUUGAUGUCUGCUGGAAGACGGAAACCUUAAAAUUUUUACAACAGCAUAAGCUGUGUGAGUUUUGUGUUCUGCAGCAGCUUACCAAUGAGACCUCGCAGAACAUGGAUUUUUCUACCCUUCCUGAUUUAAGUGAUAAUCUUUUGUGGAAGAACAUUGCUUUUUACUACGAAUCAGAAAAAGGCCAAGGAUUUGAUUUGGAUAUAGGAAGCAUAAUAAAUGGAGACUUCGAACGUUUGUGGAAAUAUAUCUUAGCACUGUCUGAAACAAGUAAUAUAGGAUCAUCUUUUCCACUGCGAAUCACUUCUAGCCAUUUUCUUGAACAGCAGUAUCCACUUCAUAAUGAAGAUGCAUCCAAAGCAGCAUUUCCUAAACCAGGACUUAUAUCAAUGAUGAAUACAAUUGUGGAUGAAUUUGCUGGUGAUGUUUUAAAGAAAAUGCCAUUUUUGAAAAGUGAUGAUCCUGUGAUUACCUCACUUAAAAAACAGAAAGAUUUUGAUGAACUUAAGCACUGGCAUUCAGGAAGACCCCUUAGUGAUGAUUAUGACAGAACAGGUUCAGAAGGAGCAACCAGAGAUCCAUGGGCCCUAAGAAAUCAACAAAAACUUCAAACAUUUCUGCGAUUUUAUGGGCAAUCACUAGAAGGUAACUUGUCGAAAACUAUUAUUACUCGGCCAGAUACUCCAAAGAAGGCUUCUGUUGAUUCAAAGAAAACCAAAAAAAUUCAAAAGACCAAAGCAGAAAUGAUCAUAGAAGAGAACCAGAAGAGAAAGAGAGCUGUGGAAGAGAAAAAAGAAGAGCAUAAAUGGGGUGCUCUUUCAAUGUCAGUGGAAACAAAAAUUAAAGAAGAUGUGAUUUCUGGAAUUAAAUAUCUGGAAGAUUUUCUGAAUAAAUGUCAAAGUGAAUCUGUGAAAUGUUGUGCAGAAAUGGCAGCACUGAAUGUUUGCUUUGGCUUAUGGAAAGAACACUGCAAGACAGAAGGCAAAACUGACAAAAACUUCAAUAUAGCUGUUGAAGUGAUGAGAAGAAUCCAUUCAUUGGUUGUAAAUUAUGAUGACCAAGAUAUAUUGAAGGAGAAUGAUUGGCAUCAGAUUUGGAAAUGCCUCUGGAGCCUUGGAUUUGACAAUCUUGCUGCUUCUUUAAAAUAUAUCAAGGUUUCAGAAGAGGAGAAAAAAGAAGUUAAAAAGAAGCAUUCAAAAUGUGCUGUUGGUGUGGGAUCAUCCCGGUUUCAACUGCAGUUUAUGGGCCAUUAUCUUAUACGAGAAGAAAGAAAAGAUCCUGAUCCCAGAGUGCAACAUUUUAUUCCUGAUACAUGGCAGAGAGAACUUCUUGAUGUUGUGGAUAAUAAUGAAUCUGCAGUCAUUGUUGCUCCUACAUCAUCAGGGAAGACAUAUGCCUCCUACUACUGCAUGGAGAAAAUCCUGAGAGAUGGUAAUGAUGGCAUCCUUGUGUAUGUUGCUCCUACAAAGGCUCUUGUUAAUCAAGUGUGGGCAACCAUCUACAACCGAUUUAAUAAAGUACUGCCUCCUGGUCUUACGGUAUCUGGUGUUUUUACACGAGAUUAUCGUCAUGAUGCCUUGAAUUGUCAGAUACUGGUAACAGUGCCACAAUGUUUAGAAAUCCUGCUUUUGUCACCUCAUCGCCAGGAGUGGGCCAAAAAGAUAAGAUAUGUUAUAUUUGAUGAGGUCCAUUGUCUUGGAGGUGAAAUCGGAGCAGAGGUUUGGGAACAUCUUUUGGUUAUGAUUCGAUGCCCAUUUUUGGCUCUUUCUGCAACUAUAAGUAACCCGAAGCAACUUGCAGAAUGGCUACAGUCAGUAAAAAGAUACUGGCGACAUACUGAAACUGUAAUGUCACGGAAUCCUGCUACUGCUACUUCUUUUAAGAAAGGAGCAAAAGGAAAGAAAGGAGCUACAGUACAAAACACAUCAUAUAAGGUUAAAUUAGUGGUGUAUGGAGAGAGGUACAAUGAUUUGGAAAAACACGUAUGCUCUCUCAAGGAUGGUGACUUCAAAAUCCAUCACUAUCAUCCCUAUGCUGCAUUGACUGUGGAUCAUCUUGCAAGAUACGGCUUUCCCUUGGACCUUUCUCUCUCUCCUCGAGAAACUGUGAUGUUGUAUGAUGCAAUGGUAGAAGCUAGAAGAGACUGGCCAAGGACAAAUGAACUGGAUCCUGAGGAAUUUUUUAAGGACAAAAUGGUGAUCACAAAGGCAGAUGCAAGAUACUAUGAAAAAAAGCUGAGAGAAGAAUUAGAAGUGUGGAUAAAACGUGGCAAUAUUAAGGAGGCAAAUCACUUGCUGAUGUUGCUCAAACCUCAGCUUACGUCUUGCUCCGAAAAAGAGAAGGAAAUAUAUUUUCCUCAGUUUGUUGAAAAACUGCGACAAAUGGGUAAACUGCCAGCACUAUUUUUCCUGUUUGACACUAAAAGAGUGGAAAAAAUGGCUGAAGAUGUCUGCACUUUCUUAGAAAAGAAGCAAAGGACCAGGCAAAUCCAAGGUUCUGAAAAAGAACGGCUAAUCAAAAAAGGUCAAGAGGUUGAAAAACCGAGAGAUCUAAAUGACCUUACACAAACUGCACAACGGACUGAAAGAACAUGCAAUUCCUUAGAAAACAGCCAUGCAAAUGAAAAAAGAAAACAGGAAAAAUUGCUUAAAAAGGCAAAGAAGGCUGAAAAACUAAUGGGGGAAAAAGGAAAUGAUGACAGUAAACUGAGUCGUAAGGAUGACAAAAAUUAUGUUUGGGAGGCUGAGCUCGAGAGCAUAAAGAAACGUCUGGAGAAGAUGUCUGAAAUCCCUCCUGAUUGCACAUAUGCAAAUGAGCAUGCUAUUGAUAAUCAGACUUCGAUGAAGAUAUUUAACCGAGCAAUAAAGUUGAGAAAGUAUGAAGUACUGAAAAAACUGGCACUAAGAGGCAUUGGAUAUCACCAUGCAUCUGAACAACAAAAAGGGAGGCAAAUGGUGGAGAUGCUUUUCAGGACAGGAUUUAUACAGGUUGUGACAGCCACAGGAACCUUGGCUUUAGGAGUAAACAUGCCAUGUAAAUCUGUUGUUUUUGUACAGAAUUCUGUCUACUUGGAUGCUUUGAAUUACAGACAGAUGUCUGGACGUGCUGGUCGGCGUGGUCAAGAUUUGUUGGGAAAUGUCUUUUUCUAUGACAUUCCAUUGCCCAAAAUACAGAAGCUAAUUAAAUCAAAUGUGCCUGAACUUCGAGGACAAUUUCCUCUUAAGAUUACUCUGAUACUGAGACUCAUGCUAUUGGCUUCAAAGGCAGAUGAUAAAGAAGAUGCAAAAGCAAAGGUUUUGUCAGUCUUGAAGCAUUCACUUCUGUCCUUCAAUCAUCCAAGGAUUCUUGAAAUAUUGAAGCUCUAUUUUUUGUUUUCUUUGCAAUUUCUUGUAAAGGAGGGCUAUGUGGAUCGGGAUGGUAAUACUACAGGAUUUUCUGGACUUGUGACUCAUUUGCAUUACCAUGAGCCUUCCAAUAUUGUUCUAGUUGAAUUUCUUGUGAAAGGUUUGUUCCACAAAUUGUGUCAACCAACCAAGAAACAAGGAGAAACAAAGGUCUUCUCUGAUGAUGUGAUGGAAAAACUUGUCCUGAUAUUGGCACAUCUUUUUGGAAGAAGAUAUCUACCGGCUGCUGUUGUCAAUUCUGAAAGGAAAUUUUACCAGUCAAAGGUGUUUCUGGAAGAUCUCCCUGAAGAUUUUGCUGUUGCUUUGCAUGAAUACAACUCCAAAAUAGAAGACAAUUUUGGACAGUUUCUACAGAUGGUUUCCUCAUUAGCAGAUAUGAACCAGGAAUACCAGCUUCCACUUUCAGAACUCAAUUUUUCAAGUAAAAAGCAACCUGACUCACAGCUUGCAGCUCACAUAAUGAACUGUGACACAGGAAGGAAAGCAGUUUCACCAUUUGUAUGCCUUUCGGGAAACACAGACCUUGAUCUACUGCAUGCAGGAACGGUCAACAGUGUCAUAUUGCGCACAAUAGGUAUUACGGCUUCGGACAUUCCUAUCCUCCAUCCAAAGAUGUGUGAUAAUCAGGGAAGAAUUAUGCCACUAAAUUCAUAUGUGCUUGACUUCUAUAAACAUGGAUCUUUGGUGGCAAUGUCUCAGGAUAAUGGAAUUCUGGAAGGAGAAGCUUACAAUUUGCUGAAGGACUUUUCUCUGGCUCUUAAAGCAAUCAGUGUUUCUUUGCGUGAACUUUGUGAUAAUGAAGAUGAUAAUGUUGUGCACGCAUUUGAGCAACUAACUGACAGCUAUUGGGAGAAACUGAAUAAUGUGUAGUAAUAAAUCAAGAAAUGAAUGUUUGGUUCUGCUGAAGAUUAACUGUUUUGGAAGGACAAUCUUACUGUCAUCUGUAAAAAAUAGUUAUAUUUUGAUAUCUAGGAAUUGUUUGAUUACUGUCUUAACUUUAAAGAAUUUCUGGUUAAUUUCACAAAUGGUACCUUCAACGAAGUGUUGCACUGUGAUGUGCACCUGUUCAUGGUGCAUUCAACCCCUUCCUUAACCCCCCCCCUCAGACAGUCAAUGGGGAUCCAUACUCAAGAGAAUAUAUUAAAAUAACAUAGUCAGAACUCCUAAA